AUGUGGGGUAUGGAUGUAAUCGGAGCAAUUGACUCUCCCGCUUCAAAUGGGCACCGGUUUAUUCUGGUGGCAAUUGAAUACUUCACAAAGUGGGUCGAGGCUGAAUCUUAUAAGCAUGUGACUAAAAAGGUGGUGACGGACUUUCUAAGGAAGCACAUCAUUUGUCGUUUUGGAAUACCAGAGACAUUAAUCACUGACAAUGCCAAAAAUCUCAACAAUGAUAUGGUAGAUGGAUUAUGUGAACAAUUCAAAAUCAGGUAUCGGAACUCCUCUAUUUACAGACCACAGAUGAAUGGAGCUGUUGAGGCCGCGAAUAAGAACUUGAAGAAGAUAAUUCUUAAGAUGAUUGAAAGACACCGUGAUUGGCACGAGAAACUCCCUUACGCAUUAAUAGCAUAUAGAACUGCUAUUCGGACCUCUACUGGGGCAACUCCCUACAGCCUCAUGUAUGGGAUGGAAGCAGUGUUGCCAGCCGAGGUCGAAAUCCCUUCAUUGCGCAUUUUAAUGGAGGCCAAGUUAGAUGAGGCUGAUUGGAUCAAGCAACGUCAUGAGCAGCUAUCUUUAAUUGAUGAAAAGAGAGUAAAUGCCAUUUGUCAUGGUCAAUGCUAUCAAAAAAGGGUAGCCCGUGCUUACAAUAAGAAGUUAGGUGUUGAGAAGAGCUUUAGCUUCUCUAAAUUGUAUAGAUUUAGUAGAAGCAACAGCAGAGGCUGGGCUGUUGAAUCCCAGAGGCGACGUGCUAUCAACCUUCUACACCGGGUUGAUCGUGCAUAUCAAGUUCUAAAGGAACAACAAUUGUACAUUCGCAAGGAUUAA